UCAUUUUCGAACUUAGCUCUGGUUACGUAGCCACCAUUGGUUGACCUGUCAUUCUUGUGCAUCCAUCCAAGUACAAUGACCUAGACAUUCGAAUAUCAAACCGAUUCAAACGAAGCGAAAGGCAAUUCGUGAAACUCCUCGUCGCUUCAAGCGAGAGCAGCAGGUAAAGAAACCUCUCGCUUCUCCAAAGUGCGGGGCGUUUCGUUUCCCACGGUGGUAAGCCCCCACGCCAAACAAAGCUAAUAAGAAGAUCGAGGGUCUUCGCAGAGCGCAGAGCCCGACCACCCAUUCUUGUUCAUGUCCACUUGACUACAACUACUCUACCUCUCGCUCUUCUCACCACCCAUUCUAUCCCCACUUAUUCACCCUCUUCAUCCCGUCAUCUACUCACUGCCGCUGUCGCUGGCGCUGUCACCAUAGCCUCAAAAGUCUUUUCCCUGGACGCUCCCGAUCGUCCAGAAACCUUGUCAAUCGUCUCAAACUGCCCCGCCAGGAUCUUGCAACACCCUUCGUCAUCGCCCCGAUUGCCGGCUUCUAUCUAGACAGGCACAGGAACCACCCGGAAGUCUACAAGUCAAUUACAAUACAGUUCCACAACACCAUAGCCAUAGCGUAUCAACCACCUUGACAGCAUAAGAACCAUCGCGAAUACUCAACACUUCUUCUACCUACCAUACCACCUUCUAGCCAUGGCUUCCAAUAUGCCAGCCCUCUCAGCCUCGGCGCAGACGCUCGAUAUCUACACAUUUCCCCGCCAUCGUCUUCGACUCACGCAAACCGACCCCACCAAGACACCUCUCGUUCUUGUCGCAUGCGGUUCCUUUUCACCUGUAACAUAUUUGCAUUUACGAAUGUUUGAGAUGGCUGCGGAUUUUGCGAAGUUCAAUACCGAGCAGUUGGACACCCAGUUUGAGAUUUUAGGGGGCUACCUUUCACCUGGUAUUUUGACAUCGUCCGGAUAGUGAUUCAGAAGUGUGCUUACUUUGGCUACUUAGUCGGCGAUGCUUAUAAAAAGGCUGGUUUAGCAAGCGCAGUGCAUAGGUACUUUCGUCGCUGCUCUGCAAUGAACUAUCUCUGACGGCAUUAAUAGGCUUCGAAUGUGCGAAUUAGGGGUCGAUAGAAGCUCAGACUGGCUUAUGGUAGAUCCUUGGGAGGCCAUCCAACCUCAAUAUAUGCCCACAGCUCAAGUCCUCGAUCAUUUCGAGCACGAAAUCAACGAAGUGUUGGGAGGAGCCGAACGACCCGAUGGCUCAAGAGCGCAUGUACGAAUUGCUUUACUGGCUGGAGCAGACUUGAUCCAGACGAUGUCUACCCCCGGGGUUUGGAGCCCCAAGGAUUUGGAUCAUAUUUGUAAGUAUUGAAAACAUUCGUCUGGGAUUUUGACCAAGGGUCAUUUCGUUAUCAUUCAGAAGGGUCCAGGACUACAAACCUGGGCUGCCACGUUCUUACUCAAAAAACUUUCUGACUUCGAGUACAGUGGGUCGCUAUGGCACGUUCAUUGUCGAGCGGAGCGGCACCGACAUCGAUGAGGCACUGGCCCAUCUUGAGCACUGGAAACACAACAUUUAUGUGAUUCAGCAGUUCAUUCAAAAUGAUGUCAGCAGUACCAAGAUCCGCCUUUUCCUGAGACGGCAGAUGAGCGUACGGUAUCUGAUUCCUUCUCCUGUGAUUGAGUACAUCGAGGAAAACAACUUGUAUGAUCAUGAAGACACUGCUUCAGCUGCCGCCGUUGCCAAAGGAAAAGCCAAGUCGGAGGUGGCCGACACGCAAGCUAUAGAGAGCAGCUCCUCAAAAAGCUAGAUAGCUUCCUCGAGAUCUAGCUUUUUAAAACAGGCAAUUGUAUAAUACUGGGGUACACCCACGAAGACACACCCCCGCCCGCCACCUCCAUCGGGUUACCUCCACUGCAACAUGGUAUGCAUUCUUUUGCAUACUGGCCGGGAAUAUAUAUCGGAAUAUAGACAGAACGGGUGGAUUUCUUUUUGCCUGGCGUUUUUCCUGCAUGGGUCGGUUCGUGGUUUCAUUUCAGAAAAUUGGGAGAAGAGGCAGGCUCUACAAUCCUGAGUACAUGACAUAGGUAUGAUUGGUUUGUUGGGUAGAUACAGUGAGAUACAGCGCACGACGAGAGGCUCACGCCCUCGGAUUUUCACAACUAGUGAUUUUGUUCCACGAUUGGGCGGCGGAAUUUGAUGAUCAUUCUAUAUCUUGCGCUUUCGGUUCCCGAUAUUUGGGUAGGGUUGUCUCGACUACGUAGACAGGAUAUUAGGCAAAAUCUAUGAAUCUACAUUUUCGGAACAUA